AUGAUCCCUUCCAACACAAUUUGCGUUUCUCAAGAGGGCCCCGCUAACGCUCUAGCAUUGAACAAGGACUGCACACAAGUGGUCAUCGCUGGGAGAAAUGUAUUCAAAGUAUUUUCUAUCGGCGAAGAAGAGUUCUCAGAAGUGUGUAAUUUAAGAGUAGGAAAAAAUUUAAAUCUUAAUUUCUCUUCUAUUGAUGUCGCUUGGAGUGCUAUCGAAGAAAACACUCUAGCAACGGCGGCAACAAACGGUGCAGUGGUUGUGUGGAACCUUGGUAGGUCUGGCCGGUCAAAGCAGGAGCACGUCUUUUCUGAUCAUAAGAGAACUGUCAAUAAGGUUAGCUUCCACUUGACGGAGCCAUCCCUGUUAAUUUCUGGUUCCCAAGAUGGGACUAUGAAAUGCUUUGAUCUUCGGAUGAAAGAAGUAGCAAGGACAUUUAUUAGCAAUACCGAAUCAAUUCGCGAUGUCCAAUUUAGUCCGCACACGGCCCACCUAUUCGCCGCCGUGUCCGAGAACGGGACGGUCCAGCUGUGGGACGCCAGACGCCACGACAGGGCCUCGCAUCACUUUACGGCGCACUCAGGCCCAGUGUUUGCUUGCGACUGGCACCCCGAGGUCCCAUGGCUCGCCACAGCGUCGCGAGAUAAGACGAUUAAGGUCUGGGACAUUCACGCGAAGCCCAACCUGGAACACACAAUUUAUACGAUAGCCUCCGUCGGACACGUCAAGUGGAGGCCACAAAGGAAGUACCAGGUCGCGUCGUGCGCGCUUGUACUGGACUGCGCCGUGCACGUGUGGGACGUGCGACGGCCCAACGUGCCUCUGGCCACGUUCGCCGAGCACCGCGACGUCACCACGGCCAUCGCCUGGCAGGCCUCGCCUCAUGUGUUCCUCUCCACGAGCCGGGAUUGCAGCUUGUACCGGCACAAGUUUAGCGAAGCGGCCCACCCUGUCCUGUGGGCUAGCCCGCACGGCGUGAGCGUAUCUGCGCGUGGGCACGUGGCCCACGCCGUGCCCGACACCCCGCUACCCGCCCGCCCUCUCUCUGCGCCCGCUCAUCCACGCCCUCAUCACCCGCACCACGUGCCUUUGCCUCGGAAGCAGCCGACCGCGGGCUCGUUGAGCGGCAGCGCGCAGGCGGCGUUCGAGCGGCUGUUCCCGAUAGGCGCGGCCAGCACGCUGAGCCGUCACUGCCCCAUCUCGCAGGAGGAGCCCGUGCUAGCGUGCGCCGAGGGCUACCGCUUCCACGGCGACCCACCACACUUGCUAGCGCACCACAAUGCCGCGGUCGCCUCGCGCUGCGAUAGGCAUAUGGUGGCGCACGUGUGGAACGUUGUGGGCGCGGUGUAUGCGGCGAGGACGCCCCCCGACCCUGCUCGCGCUCCUCCCCCGCCUUCCGAGCCGCCGCUGCGAGCCGAUCCCGCGCCGCCUAUACCCAACUACAACGCGGUGGAAGAGGAGACGGAGGAAGAGAGCGAGGAGUGGGAGAGCCGCACGCACAAGCACAGCGGGGUCCUCGGCCUGCCCACGCACACCAUCUACAUUCCCCCGCACAAAUUCGCCAAACGGGACACCGAAAACGGCUGGGUGUCGGCAGCGUCGGCGCACUACGUGGACGUGGAGGCGGCGGACUGGACUCUGCCGGACGAGGCGUUCCAGCUGCGCACGCACCUCCACCAGCAUCCACCCUCGCACAGCAACGUCGAUGACCACGACAACGAUGCCAACGACACAGCAAACUCAAGCGGGCACAUGAACGGGCACGGGGUCGCACCCGGCUCCCCGGGGGGAUCCACGGGGUCGAGCUCUCACCCGUCCCACCCAUCAGGGGGUGUGCCGGGUGUGGCUCACGCCGGCUCCUCUCCGACUCUACAGCGGUCCAACAGUCAGACCACCGCGGCACAAUCGAGCGAAGAGGGAGAGGUAGACAGUGUACUCGGCGGCCCCGAGCGACCGGGCGCGUCUGCAAACGCGGGCUGGCGGAGCGGGCGCAUGGACGUGGCGCCGCUGCUGGCAAGCGCCUUGCAGCAUCACGCCGCCCUCGGGGACGUUCAAACGGCUGCGACCGUGCUGCUCGCGUUACAGGAGCAUCGGAGUGAGGUGCUCGCGUACAUCGACGAAGCGACGCAGGAGCAGUGGCUGCUCGGGUACAUAGAGCUGCUGCAGCGGCACAAGCUGUGGAACGUGGCAGUGCAGGUGGUACGCUGCGCCUGGCUCAGCAGCGUGUGGGCGCUCAGCCACCAGUCGACGAGCAUCGCGGCGUGCUGCGGCCGCUGCGGGCGCCGCACUCGUCCGCCGGCCGCCUGCGACCGUUGCGCGCCCCGCCGCACGCCCGACCUGUGCGCUGUGUGCCGGCAAGUGGUGCGGGGCCUCUACGCCUGGUGUCAGGGCUGUUCGCACGGCGGACACUUACACCACAUGCGGCGCUGGAUGCAGAAGCACCAACUUUGCCCGGCGGGCUGCGGCCACCACUGCCAACUCGGCUAG